AUGAUACACCCUAUCUAUCUAUCUAUCUAUCUAUCUAUCUAUCUAUCUCAGUCCUUUUCAUAUCUAUCUAUCUAUCUAUCUAUCUAUCUAUCUAUCUAUCUAUCUAUCUAUCUAUCCGCAUAUACAUCAACAUUCAGAAGGAUUACAGACCAAAAAACAAAGUUCGGCCACGUGGUGGCGGUUUUGCCACCCGCCAUUGUCGACGAAGGAGCAGACUUUCUAGAAGCCGUUCCUGAAGUAGAGCCCUACGGCCGGUUAAAAGAAGCGAUCUUACGGAGAAUGGGCCGUACGGAGGAAUCAUUAAUCCGGGAACUAUUUAGCAACCUAACUUGCGAUGGCAGGACUCCCUCCCAACUCCUUCGUUAUAUGAAAAGCCGACUCGGCAAAAAUACCAUGGCUGACUCUAUAUUGAAAAGCUUAUGGCUGGACCGUCUCCCCACCACCAUUACACAAAUUUUGGCGCCCAUGUCCGAAAACACCCCGAUCGACCAGUUAGCGGACGCCGCUGACCGUAUUUUCUCGCAACUGGAUCAUCGGACAACGCCAAAAGCCAUGGUCGAAGCCGGUUCCCCUCCGCCGGCGCUUGAAGUCGACCUCGCUCGUCCAGUCGGAACAAGGAUGCCACUUCUACUAUGUGUUACUACCACCGACGAUUUGGGUCUGCAGCACACUACUGCACCAAGCCGUGUUCCUAUACUGCGGUCGCGGGAAAUCAAAACCGCCAGCGAUUAUCUUUCUUCUAGAGCAGCGUUUCUCAAAAAGGGGUUUCCCGGAACCCUAAGAUUCCAUUGA